AUGUUCAUUUCAUCAAACAUCCCUCUCCCCACCCACACAUCCACUCACUCUAUCCAUCCGUGCCAUGGCAGGGAGCAGUGUGCGUUGGCAGUCUGGCACACACUGCAGCAACUCAUCAGCCCUGCACGCCCUCUCAUCACCGCCGCCGCUGCCGCUGCUGAUCCUGCCGCCACUGCUGCUGCUGGAAGUUCUUCCAAAUCCCCCGCUGUUGCCGAGCUUUCAGCCCACACCUCCCCCUUGCUCCCUCCUCUCCCUCCGCCCCUUCUCUCCGAGCUCAUCAGCCUACUCGUCUUGUUCAAUCGCCUGCUCCUCCCCCCGAUCCUCCCCCCACCCGGCCCGUUUCAUCACGGCUCGCCCUUACCCCGCCCGACUCACUGCUUCGACCUGCGCCAGCAGCCGCACCUGUGGGCGCUGCUAAGGCUAGGCCUGGUGUCAAAGGACGGUCUGACUCACAAGCGAGCCUCGUUCCUGCUCCAAGCAGCCGUUCCCGCUUGCGACCCCAUUCGCAGGAGCGUGAAAAGGGAGCGGUGGGCGGAGGAGGAGGUGAUAGGGAUUAUCCAUGAUGGGAGAGGUGGAAGUGGGGCUUUUGGUGGGGUGGAGAGGGGUGGAGAGAGGGAGAAGGAUGACGGUGAAACAGGGCAGGAGGCUGAGAGCAGCAAGCAGCAGCAGCAGCGGCAGGCGGAGGAGGGGGUGGAGGGAGCAGAAACAGCAGCGGAAAAAAGGGAGCAAAGGGAGAGGCAGUGGGAGGAGCAGGCGAGGGUGGUAGCAGAGGAGUUGGAAGAGGUGCUGAGGAGAAGUGAGCGGUGGGAGGCGCUGAGCCUGGUGCUGAACACUCUGGAUGAGUUUGGAGUGCAUCUGUCAGAAGCUGUGUGGGACCCACAGAUGUCUUUCCUGCUCUCCUCCACUGCAGUUUCAUCAACCCACUCACAGCAGUCCACUGGCUCUACCAUUGGCACUGCUGCUGCUGCUGCUGCUGCUACUGGGCCUGCUACUGAAGUGGAUGCAGUAUCUCCAGCUCUGUCUUCUUGGGGCGUUGCUAUACCCGAUGUGGACCUCCCUUUUAUCUGCAUUGCAUGGACAAGAGGCUUCUCACACAACAACCCGCAAGUUCGCCGGCUGGUCAUGUCAUCUUUCCUCCGCUGCUUUGGAUGUGAUGUUGACUCGUCUCCUGCUGCGCCCAAGGACAUGGCAUUUGCAGGGGAAGAGGCAGAGGCAGAGGCAGACACGCAAUUGCACACUGCAGCAGCAGAGAAAGGAAGAGGAACCACUAAGGGUGAUGGAGGGAAGCAGCAGCAGCAGCAGUGGGAAGUGGGGCGUUUACCCCUGACGUUCCUGCUAGAUGUCUUCCUACCUGCUCUGGAUAACCCCUCUUGCCAUCCGGAUUUCGGUACGCCACCCAUUUUCAUCCUCGCGUUGCCUGGUUCUCCUAUUCUCCUUCCACUUUCCUACCGUCUGCUGCCUUCCAAAUCCGAUUCUUGCAUCAGGGAUCGAUACUCGUCCACUGUUGCCGAAGCAGCAGCAUGCAUCUUUGCCCAACUAUCGGCCUCUCUCCCAGCCCGGUAUGCAUGGCACCUCUGCCUGGUAUGCUGUUGCCCACCUCUGCGCCUGGCACUGCCAUUGCCAUUCGCAUUUCAGAGCUCGUGCUCUUCUCGUUCGUCGUCUUCUCUCCACCGGAAUCACCGGCCUUGUUCUUGCGAAAAUGAAACCGCAGCUCGCAUCAUUCCCACCCCACCCACCUCCUUCCCCCUUCCCCUAACCCCUCCACUCCACUCCUCACCCCCUGUACCCCCCCUCUUCGCUCCAUUCUUCCCUUCAACUCAAAGCCUGUCCGCUCCUCUUCCACAGCCCGCCCCCAACCAAGAUCAACAUCAUCACCACAAAGCCCGUCCGCUCCUCCUGCAGCGACUGCUGUGCAGCAUGAUUAGCAUCAUGCCCGGGCGCAUAGGCCACAUGACAUGCGCCAUGUGCAUCCAUGCCGCUGCUGUGCCUGCUGCGUUCCUCACUGCCAGACACAUGGCGCGGGGCACUGCAGAGGCCGGGGAGGGGGGCGCGGGAGCGAAGGGGAAGGAGGGGACGGAGGGGAAGGAGGAAGGGAAGGCGUUAUCACAGGACAAUAUGGGUUACUUGAAGGAUCUGGUUGCGUGUUUGGAGGAGGGGAGGACGGGUGAGGGCGUGGAGCAGGAAGUGCAGUUGGCGAUGCUGUUUUGUCAAGUACUGGAGAUGGCACGGAGGCACUUUAACCCGGCCUUUCGGCUCAAAGGCGCGAAGCCUCAUGAUGCGAGUGACAUAUCUUGGCUUGCGGGUAUGGAGGCGAGCAUCCGUGGAUGGGUGGGCGGCUGUGUUGGGAGCGCCCUGGAGCUGUGCCACAAGAGCAAGUGGCGGCACACUGAGGUGGAGGCAGAGCUACUGCUGGGCUGUCUCGAGCUGCUACAGCCAGUGUGCCAUCUACUUGCUGUGGGCGCCGUAGCAGCACUGCCGUCACAGCAGCAGCAACAGCAUCCGCUGCAGGGAAGCGAGGAGGGGCCGGGAGGAGGAGGAGGAGGGGCAGGAGGCGAGGGGAGAGGAGCGGCAGGAUGGGAGAGUGGAACGGCAGGAGGGGCAGGAGGGGCAGGAGGGGCAGGAGGGGCAGGAGGGGCUGGAGGGGCAGGAGGGGCGGGAGGGGGUGAAGGGGCGGGAGGGGCAGGAGGGGCGGGAGGGGCAGGGGUGCUGUGGUUGUUAGAGGCGGUGGUGGAGGUGGCAGGGGCAGCGGGCAGGAGUGGCGGGGGAGUGGCGCGCAGCAGAAUGGCGCAGCUGCUGGAGGUGAAGUGGGACUGUGUUGAUGGACUGCUGUGCGCCGCACUGCUGCUCCGUGCUGGUGGCAGCAGCUCAUCAGCAGGAGUGGCAGUGGUGGAGGGUGAGGAGGAGAGGGAGAGGGAGAGGGAGAGGAUGGUUGCGGUACAGCAGGCGCUGCUUGAAGAUGCUGCUGAUAGCCCGCGCACCAUGCGCCUCUUCUCCAUGCGCCUCUUCUCCAUGCGCCUCUUCUCCAUGCGCUGUCACCACCGCUCACCGCCUUCCCCCAUCCCGCUCUCCGUCUCUCCCCCUCUCCCGCUGUCUCCCUCUACCCAUCUCCACCCCAAUCAGAUGGUAGCGCGCCUAAUGACUCUAGCAGAGCGCAGCCCGCGCACCAUGCGCCUCGUCUCCAUGCACUUCACCUCGCUGCUCACCGCCUUCCCCAGCGCCGCCUGCUUCUACCUCCCCACGCUCAAGGCGCUCACUCUGCACGGCGCAGAUGCGGUGGACGAGGAGUUAGAUGGGGAGGUGGCGGAGAGUGCAGCAGCAUCACAUGAGUACUGCCACCUUGCCAGGAGCCAUGAUGCGGAGCUUGCACAUAUUCACAGAAGGAAGGUUCGGGUGUGGCAGAUGCUUGCGCUGCUCUCUCCGUUCAUAUCGCAUGACAUGCUGCCAUCUGUCACUGCCCUCUACGGCAGGGCUCUAGAGCGCAACAACAUGCCGUCAGUGCGGCAGUAUGUGGAGAUAUUCGGCGUCCUCAUGUUCCUCCACUUCCCACACCUGGUGGAGACACACGUGUUGAACCAUCUCCAGAACGCCAAUCUCAAGACACAGGCUCAAGCAUCAUACGUGCUAAUUGCAGCCUGCCUCAUUCUCCACACCAAGGACUCCUCCCUGCAACUGCUGCACCUGCACCAGCUACUCCCCGCAACGCUCCCCUACGUCACCAGCCACCACCACAAUCUACGCACCUUCACCCAGGUGUUGCUGCACCGCGUACUUAGACGCUUUCCUCAGCUUACAGGCAGCGCUGGUGGCGGCGUAGACAGUAGCAGUGGCGACGGCAAUGCGGGCAGCGGCGGCGGUGGGAUGCAGAGUGGUUCAAAUGAGGUUCCGUCGUCCAGCAUUGUCAGCGGCAGCAAGGUGUUUCAAGCCAUAUGGACGUAUCUCAACACCAACACGGAUUGCGCUCGGGUGCGUGUGGCGGUCGAUCGCUACUUUGACACCUUCGACCCCGAGGCAGCAGCCACGCCUCGGGGCAUGUUCCUGCGCUCCUUCUUUGAUUCCCAGCUGGAGCAACCCGGGAGAACAGCAGCAGAGGUCGCAGGGUCUCAUCCCUUUGAGUGUGCACCCACCGCUGUUCUGGACCGCGUUACAAGCUUCCUCAAUUUUGCCCGGGAGUCACUACGAGCAGCCAUGGCAGCCGAUGCAGCAGCGCUUGGUCUUGGGGGGACUGGCACUGCAGCAGCAGCUGAGGGCCACGAAGGAGAGCCAGGGGUUGAAGAGGGAGGAGGAGGAGAAAGUGGGGCAGGAGCAGGAGCGGGAGCGGGAGUGGGAGGUGGAGGACAGGCGGACUUUCAGAGAAAGAAGCGGGUGUUGGAUGCAGGCCAGGGAGGGGCAGGACCGCAGCAGCAGCAGCAGCAGGUGCAGCAGAGGCAGGGAGUGGAGCCUCAAGCUGCUCUGCUCCAAGCUUUACGCAUGCGGUGGGAGUCGGAGCAGCAGCAGGGAGAGGAGGCGCAAGAAGAAGCACUGCUGCGAGGCCACGUGGAGGGAAGGGAGGGGCUGCUGCAGGCCGCCACAGGCACCCGCCAGGACAUCAUCGUUGUGGCUUCCCUUAUCGGCCGUAUUCCAAACCUUGCCGGCCUCGCCCGGACAUGCGAGGUGUUCAAGGCCAACCGUCUAGUUCUCCAGGACACAUCGGUGGUAAAUGACAGGCAAUUCCAGCUCAUCAGUGUCACAGCAGAGAAGUGGGUUCCAUUAGAAGAGGUUCCGAUACCAGCAUUGGCGAGCUACCUGGAGCAGCGACGAGCCCAGGGGUACACUCUGGUGGCUCUGGAGCAGACUGCAAACAGUAUGCCCAUUCAUACCUAUGACUUCCCUGCGAAAACGGUGCUCCUGCUUGGUCGGGAGAAAGAGGGCGUACCAGCUGAUCUCAUCCGGCUCUUGGAUGUCUCGCGUCGCGUGGCUCCCGUGCCGCAGCUCAGCUGUCUCUCUGGAUGCGAUUUCCAACCAGACGUGGUGCAGUGUGUGAACGUGGGGUCGGACGGAGUGGCGGUGCAGUGGCGUUGCGAGGCGGAGCUGCCAUCGCACCUGCAGUUCGGCGUCACGCAAGUCUCCUGCGAGGGAUUUGAUUACCCGGAUGACCCUCGCAUCCUCUAUGGCAGCUGUGGCCUGCAGUAUUCCAUUGUGCCCGUGCCAGGAUCUCAGAAGAAGGAGAAGAACAAGGGGUGGUUCAAGCAGCAAAAGAAGCAGCACUUCCAGCACCACCAGUACCAGCAGCAGCCAGAGCGUGAGGAGGGGUCGUGGCUGGGUCGGCUGCUGACAUGGGCAAUCAUCACCUACAUUGCCGUUCUCGCUCUGCGCUCCUGCUGCUGCGGCACCUCACGCCCCUCAGGUGGACGGCCGGCAUCGGGGCAGGCAGGAGGGUACUAUCCCCCUCCACCGUCUCCCCCUCCUCCUCCCCCACCCGGAUCUGACGACUUCUGGGGAGGUCCGAAAGGUUCCACAGGCUUUGCUGCAACAGCCCCUCCUCCCCCUCAGCCAGUGCCCACAUGGGCCUCAGCAGCCACAGGCUUUGGCCUGGGAUACCUGUUCGGCCGCAGGAGACCCACAGCGCCUCCUCAUGAGCAGUACCAGUACCAGCAGCGUGGGUAUGAGGGGCCGAGGGCUCCUAAUCCUUGGCCCAGGACUGACAGUGCAGGGAGCAGUGGGAGCGGGCGCAGGGGGGAUGAUGACACGCAUACUGCCACUGCGACGACAUCAGCCAUGGCAUUUAGGGCACUGUUCCUCGCCUGCAUCUUCCUUCUCGUGUCGUCGUCCGCCUUGGCGCAGCGUGGUCCGCCUGGCGGAGGCCCUCCCGGCGGUCAGGGAACGGGGGCCGCGCGCGGAGGCCCUGGUGCCGGUCCCGGCGGUUCCGGCGGUCCCGGCGGACCCGGCGGUCCUGGCGGAAACUCGCCGCACGGGCCUCCGCUGAACCUGACGGCCGUCGGAAAUCUGACGGCCGAUGUUGGCGCGCAAUUGGCCAACUGCUCCGCGGAUCAGGCGAUCCUUGACGGCCGCUUCCACGUCGCCAUCUUCAAGAACGCCAGCGGCAACUAUAACCUCCUAGUCGAAGCGCUCCUGGUCGACGCUGCGGGCGGUCCGCCCGACUCGCUCGCGAUCGUGAAGGGCGCCGUGUGCGACGCCGCCGCGACGGCCGUCCUCGCGCAGCCGCUCGCCGCGGCGGACUGGCAGCAGCGCGCGGGGUGGUGGCUGCUGCACGCGGAGGCGCGCCUCGACGCGUUCUUCGAGAACGCGGACGCCGCCACCGUCGACGCGCUGCUCGCGGUGCUCCCCACCGCCUCGCUUCCGCCCACGAGUGGCGGCGGGCGCAACGGCGGCGGCAGCGCGGGGGGCGCGCGGAGCGGGCAGGGUGGGAGGCGCAUGGGGCGGGAGCUGCUGAUGCGCGCAGUGGGCCGCGCUGCUAGGCAGGGGGGACAGAAGCAGGGGCGCCAGCAGCAGGGGCGCCAGCAGCAGGGCGGGCAGCAGCAGGGCGGGCAGCAGCAAGGGGGAGCGCAGCAGCCGCCUGCAGGUGGCUUUUUAGGCGGAAUGAACAGCACAGUGAGCGGGUACGCUGUGCUGGCGCGCAGCAGCGCAGCAGGUGUGACAUGGGGUGGGCAGCUCAUGGGGGCCAAGAUACCCGCCGCUGCUGCUGCUGUUUAA